CACGCCUGUGCCUCUCCAACCACUGCAAUGGCUUCCAUGAUGCGUCCCACUCUCUUCAGGCAGGCCUGCGCCCAGCCCACAGCCUCGCAGCGCAUGCUGUCGACAGCCACCUCCACCAUGAACCGCCCGCUUGCCCAGCAGCUGCGACCAGCUUUCCAGCGCUCGGCCAUUCCCCAGUCCACCCGCGUCGCCGCCUUCCACGCCACCCAGCGCAAGCAGAUCUUGCCCCCGCUUCCCCAGAAGAUUGUCGGAACCGCCAACGACCCCGUGCCUGUGCCCGCGCCAGACUAUACGCAUGGCAGCUAUCACUGGAGUUUUGAGAGGAUCAUCUCCGCUGGUCUGGUUCCCUUGACCAUUGCACCCUUCGCCGCUGGAUCGCUCAACCCCAUUACCGACUCAAUUCUCUGCGCACUCCUCGUCGUACACUCGCACAUUGGCUUCGAGGCAUGCAUUAUUGACUACUUCCCUAAGAAGCGUGUCCCCCUCGUCCGCAACCUCUCCAUGUGGGCUCUCCGUAUCGGAACCGUCACUCUGGGUAUUGCCCUCUACUCGUUUGAGACCAACGACGUCGGCAUUACCGAGGCUAUUGCCAGGCUGUGGCACGCAUAAAGUGGGGGUUGGGGACUGUACAUCAAAAAUACACAGGUUGUAUAACGUUUCUUGCUUAGAAUAUAAGUACAC